UACCAAAUACCCCAAAUUUCAGUGAUAUGAGCAAAAAAUUGUCGAAAAUUAGCGAAAAAUGUCAAUUUUAAGGAAUUUUCGCUAAUUUUCUGGAUGGCAAGGUGUUGUAGAGGCGUUUUAUUACCGAGACAAGUCCGUAACAAGCCAAAUCCUCUGCAAAUUACGAUGAUAAAUGUUUGUUUACAUUUUACGAGCCAUCCAAAUUUUUUGCACAACACGAAAAAAUCUAAAAUUUGGUCAAAUUGAUUAAAAAGGACCUCAUCAUCUCACACAAAAUAUAAAAAUGAAGACAAUACCCUUGGUGCAGUUUGAUAAGAAGUCCCAUAAUGUAUUCCGUACAUUCGAGUGGCGAGAAUUCGCAUGUGGCUGGGGAGCGGCCUUCGUUAAUAUUACCGUCACAUACCCAAUUUACAAGAUAAUCUUUCGACAAAUGUUGCACGGAAGCUCGAUACGAACGGCUUUUCGUCAAAUCAAGGGCGAGGGAUUCUUUUAUCUGUAUCGCGGGAUGUUGCCGCCGCUCGCACAACGCACGUUCUCGCUUUCGCUGAUGUUUGGCGUGUAUGAUGGCGUCAAGACUCCCAUGAUAAAUGAGCUGCAUUGCAAUCCGUAUUUCGCCAAAACGAUGGCAGGAUUGUUUGCGGGAACAGUUGAAGCUGUUUUGAUGCCCUUUGAGAGGAUACAAACGGUGCUGGCGGAUGCCACGUAUCAUGAGCAUUAUAGAAAUACGCAACAUGCUUUUAGACUCAUAAUUGCUGAACAUGGUUUCCGAGAAUUGUACAGAGGAAUCGUGCCGAUUCUGUGGCGAAAUGGACCCUCAAAUUCUCUCUUUUUUGUGAUGCGGGAAGAAGCGGAAAAUCGACUGCCGAAACAGACAUCAAAAGUGCGUCACAGCAUACAGGAAUUUCUGGCAGGCGCAUGCAUCGGGGCAUUCCUAAGUUCCCUCUUCUAUCCCAUCAACGUACUAAAAGUCGCGAUGCAAUCGAGUGUCGGGGGACCCAGUCAACGUAUGUGGGUCGUGGCAAAGCAAAUUUACGAAGAACGUGGCUGUCGAAUUAGCAAUGUGUACAAGGGAGUGAGUGUAAAUUGCACAAGAGCCUUCAUCAGUUGGGGCAUCAUGAAUGUCGCAUACGAAAAUCUAAAGAAAAUGGUCUACUAAUAAGUCACAAAAAAAUUAUUCGUACUACAAUAGAGAUAUUCGUGCAACACGUAAACUAGUUAGUUAGUCAUAACAAAAAACAAAAAAAAAAACUAGCAAGAACGUAUUUUAAUUAAUUUUACGUUUUUUUACACCAGAAUUUUUUUCUCUUGGAUAUAGUUGUCUAGUCUCUCCCUUUACCCCUUUUUAUGGAAAAUAAUUGUAAAUAUGUUAAAAUUUGUUGAGAAAAAAAAUCUUGCAUUUUGUGAGUCAUAUAAUCAUUAAAAAUAAGAAAAUUAAUGGUUGAAACUUGUUUAACAU